CUUCUUCAUUUAUCAUUCAAGUGUGACUGUCGAUCAUGACGGAUGCCCACGCUGCAAUACGCCUAUCCUCGCCUGCAGUGGCUCUCCCUUCCAAAAUGCCAUCAACUCGAGCCAUUCAAGAGGCCAGGAGCUCUACCCCAACCGGAAAUAACAACACCAGCUGCAACGCCCUACCAAUGCCUGCACAUCGGCGGUCUUCCACUCGAUCAAUGCUACUCGCUGCGUCAACGUCAGGGCCUCCGUCUCGUUCGGGUGGUCGAGCCACUCCCCCCAUCAGGAUGGAAAUGACCGUCACGGAGCAGAUUGCCAGACAGGCACGCAAGUCCACGGUACUCGACCCAAAGAACGCGUUGCUGAUCAUGGCCAUCCCGGACUAUGACGACUAUAAAAUCAUGCAACCCUAUAGCUGCAGAUCGCUUUCCAACAUAAGCAAGUUCAUUGGCGGCCGUGACUUCAUCACACGCCACAAUCCACAAGAAGUCAACGACUUUAAGAUGAAAUACUCCCGCGACGUCGGCAACUUGAACCGACAUCGAUCGAUCCUGGCACCCCCACGAUCGAAUCUGUCAUCAACUGGUUUGUUUUCGUCUUCUAGCGAGUCUAUCGGCUGUUUAGCUUCUCCAAGCAACAACAACGACAAGUGGCUAAAAGAUGGUUCAUUAUGGCGGAAGACGUUUACGUCCACCAAGCAAGUCUGCUGGGUAUUGACCGAUUACGGCAUCCAAACACUUAUCGGGCCUGAAUACAGACUAACUACACGGACGCCAGUGCUCCCCGCACUACCGUCACCAAGGCCCUUAAUGCCACUGUCACUCCCGUUAUCUUGUCGAUCAGCGAGACCAGAGACUCCUUCGUCCCUUGCAGCGUUCUCAGCACGCGAGUCUGCUCGAAAAGGGUUCGGAGUGGACUUGGCAGACGAGAAAACGCUAGCCGCUUUGUCUCGAUUCGCAGUGAGCACGCCAAAGUCACGCAAACCGCCCUGCUCGCCAUCAACGCGGUUGACCGACCUAACUACUCUAAAGAGCGAUGAGAGCAGUGCUUCAACACUCUCAAGCUCUGAGUCACGCACGGAUGGAGCGGAGUUGCUCUCACUCGCGCCGUAUGCUGGUGUUUCAUGGGAAAGAAGCGAUGAAUACGAUCAGAACGAAUCUGCGUCGCCUCAAGAGACCACCUCUCAAAAGAAGACCGUCGGAUUCUUGUUCGCUAGUGCUGCACCUUCUUCGGAGCAACGGCUUCCAGUCGUAGCAUCAAUGACUCAGAAUUUUGCAGUGGAGGUGUCGCCUCCGCUACUUCACUUGGGUACACUGCAAACCGGCCAAGUGUAUCUGUUUCCCGUGCGAGUUCGGAAUGUAGGUUUUCGUCAGGAACGUUUUCGUGUCAACCGGGUAGUUGCCACUUGUUCAGGGUUUAGUGCCAGUAUUGCGGAAGCCAAUUAUCAACGGGAAGCUGCACGUUUAGCUCCUGGAUUGGCGGCAAUUGUCACUGUAGCUCUCAGUUUCCAUCAUCCCGGUCGAGCGACAGGCUCUCUACGAGUGGAAGCUGAAGGCCUUGGAGCUUGUGACAUUGAGAUUAAAUGCAUCGUGCGAUAG